AUGAUUCCAGGACAGAAUCAAAGUUGGGUUUCUGAGUUUAUCCUGCUUGGCUUCUCCAGUGACCCCAUGACCAACAGCACCCUCUUCAUUGUGUUCCUUCUCAUCUACCUGUGCUCAGUCCUGGGAAACGUACUCAUCAUCUUGUUGAUCUGCCUGGACACACAUCUCCACACUCCCAUGUAUUUCUUCCUCUGUAUUCUUGCCCUGUUGGAUAUGGGCGAUGUUACUACCACCAUGCCCCAGAUGUUGGUGCAUCUACUUGCUAAUUCUCAGACCAUCUCCUUUGCUGGAUGUUGGCUUCAGAUGUAUAUGUUUGGUGCACUGGCACUCACAGAGUGUGUCCUCUUUGUGGUCAUGGCUUAUGACCGGUAUGUGGCAAUUUGCUACCCAUUGAGUUAUAGUGUCAUCCUCACCUGGGACUUGUGCUUCUGGUUGGCAGCCGGUGCCUGGGUCUGUGGUUUCUUCUUCUCUCUGAUACACACCUUCUUCACCAUGAGGCUGCCAUACUGUGGCCCUAACAAGGUCAACCAUUACUUCUGUGAAGGACCCUCAGUACGUAGGUUGGCAUGCAUGGACACUCAUCUCAUUGAAAUAAUGGAUUUAGUUAUGAGUGUCUUCAUUAUUGUUGCCCCAGUCUCCCUCAUUGUGGCCUCUUAUAUUCGUAUUGCCAUGGCUAUUCUCAAGAUCAAGUCCACCCAGGGCCGCUUCAAGGCUUUCUCUACCUGUGCUUCCCACUUGACUGUGGUCACACUCUUCUACAUUCCAGCCACUUACAUCUACAUGAGGCCCAACUCAAGCUCCUCUCCUGAGCAUGACAAGCAGAUCUCACUCUUUUACAAUGCCUUCUCAGCCUUGCUCAACCCCAUGGUCUAUAGUCUGAGGAACAAAGAACUCAAGAGAGCAUUUCUCAAGAUGAUGGUUCAUGGAAAAGUC